AUGUUAUCAAAUUGCUCGGCCGUUCUCUCUCUCGGUUGUCAGUAAUAAACGGACAUUUGUGGAACACGCACGACAGUUUUAUAAUUUCGAAGAACAUUAAAAAACUAGUAAUUUAAACAAUAUGGGACAGCUUAAUGCGGACGAGGAGAGUGAUGUGUGUACAGAAUUAGUUUUUUAUGUGAACGGUAAGAAGGUAAUAGAAUCGAAUCCGGAUCCACAGUGGACACUAUUAUGGUACCUACGGAAGAAACUUCGCCUGACUGGGACCAAGCUAGGCUGCGCGGAAGGCGGAUGUGGGGCAUGUACAGUCAUGGUUUCAAAAUACAACAGAAAAGAGAAAAAAGUCAUUCAUUUAGCGAUCAACGCGUGUUUGGCGCCGGUGUGCGCGAUGCAUGGCUUAGCCGUCACUACCGUUGAAGGAAUUGGUUCGACAAAGACAAGGUUACAUGCAGUUCAAGAAAGAUUAGCCAAAGCACAUGGCUCCCAGUGCGGAUUUUGUACACCUGGCAUUGUCAUGUCCAUGUACGCUUUACUUAGAAGUUCUGAGAAAAUAAAUUAUUCCGAUAUGGAAGUAGCGUUACAAGGCAAUUUGUGCAGAUGCACUGGUUACCGGGCUAUAAUAGAAGGUUACAAAACAUUUAUAGAAGAUUGGGAGAGUCAACGUGUUACCGUCAAUGGCACAUCUCAAACUAACGGGGUAUGCGCAAUGGGCGAGGCUUGCUGUAAAAAUAAGACUGAUCAGUCUGAAGAUAAAAGCGAAACAAAAUACAUUUUCGAUAAAUCAUCAUUCUUGCCAUACGACUCUAGUCAAGAGCCAAUUUUUCCUCCAGAAUUGAAACUAUUUCCAUCGUACGACGAGCAAUUUUUGGUCUAUCGAUGUAAAAGUACAACGUGGUACAGACCGACCGAUUUAAAUACACUGUUAAAACUCAAAGAACAAUAUCCCGAAGCAAAAAUAGUAGUUGGCAACACAGAGGUCGGCGUUGAAGUGAAAUUUAAACAUCUCGUCUAUCCUGUAAUAAUAAUGCCAAAUUGUAUACCUGAAAUUAAUUCCAUAGAGGAAUCUAAUACAGGACUAACUGUAGGAGCAGCAGUGACACUAAUGGAUCUAGAAAACGCUUGCAAUAAAUAUAUAAAAACGUUGCCUACAUACCAAACGAGGUCUUUAGUAACAAUUAAAGACAUGUUAUACUGGUUUGCUGGUAAACAGAUACGCAACGUAGCCGCUAUAGGUGGAAACAUAAUGACCGGCAGUCCAAUAUCAGAUUUGAAUCCCAUUUUGAUGUCGAUGAAGGUAAAAUUAAAUCUUUUAAGUAAACAAGGUGGGGUACGGUCUGUGCUGAUGGAUGAAAACUUUUUCACUGGUUAUCGAAGAAAUGUUGUUAAACCAAAUGAGGUACUAAUUUCUAUCGAAAUUCCUUUCACAACUAGAUAUCAAUUCGUGAAGGCAUAUAAGCAAGCGAAACGACGAGAAGAUGAUAUAUCUAUUGUCACAGCAGCUAUAAACGUGGAGUUCGAAGCUAACAGUGAUAUUAUAAAGAAUAUAAAUAUGGCAUUUGGAGGUAUGGCACCAGUAACAAAAAUAGCCACGAAAUCUAGUCAAUCUUUAGUCGGUAUGAAAUGGGAUGAAGUAAUGCUUGAAAAGGCAUACACAUACCUAUUAGAAGAAUUACCCUUAAAUCCAUCAGCACCUGGUGGCAACAUAUUAUACAGAAGGGCUUUGACGAUGAGUUUAUUUUUAAAAGCCUAUUUAGCAAUCGGUAAACAAAUGUCACAGGACUAUUUACAAAACGAAAUUGUUGAGCCGUACUACAGCAGUGGCGCCGAACAAUUUCAUGGUCAGGUACCAAAGAGCGCGCAAUAUUUUGAAUUGGUUGGCGAUAAGCAACUCAAGAGCGAUGCUGUCGGGCGACCUAUACCGCAUAUGUCAGCAUUGAAACAAGUCACCGGUGAAGCUGUUUACUGCGACGAUAUGCCCUCUGUAGAAGGAGAAUUGUAUUUAGCUUUCGUUCUGAGCACUAAAGCCCAUGCCAAAUUGAAAUUAGUAGAUCCACAAAAAGCAUUACAACAACCAGGUGUUGUUGCAUUUUUCUCAGCUAAAGAUUUGACUACAGAACAAAACACAAUCGGUCCCAUAUUUCACGAUGAAGAGUUAUUUGCUACAGAGAAAGUUAUAAGUCAAGGUCAGACAAUUGGUGUCAUCGUGGCUGAAGAUCAAGCAACAGCUCAAGCUGCAGCGAGAAAAGUGCAUAUUGAAUAUGAGGAAUUGCAGCCUAUCAUUAUUACCAUUGAAGAUGCCAUUAAACAUAAUUCAUUUUACAAACAAUUCCCCAAAACAUUACGAAAAGGCGAUGUGAAAUCAGCUUUCGAUGACACAAAUAAUAUUAUUGUAGAAGGAGAAUGUAGAAUAGGUGGUCAAGAACAUUUUUACUUGGAAACACACGCUGCAUUCGCUGUACCCAAAAGGGAAGACGAUGAACUUGAGAUAUUUUGUUCUAGCCAACAUCCAUCAGAAAUAGCGAAAUUAGCAAGUCACGUAUUACACGUUCCUAUGAACAGAAUUGUGGCACGUGUAAAACGAAUGGGUGGAGGAUUUGGCGGCAAAGAAUCUAGAGGUAUUUUGACUUCGCUGCCCGUGGCCUUUGCCGCUCACAAACUCAACAGACCGGUGAGGUGUAUGUUAGAUCGUGAUGAAGACAUGCAAAUGACCGGAACAAGACAUCCCUUCUUAAUAAAAUACAAAGUCGCCGCAACCAAAGAAGGCAAACUUAUGGGAGCAAUUGUUAACAUUUACAAUAAUGGUGGAUAUUCGAUUGAUUUAUCUGGACCAGUAGUUGAACGUGCGAUGUUCCACUUUGAAAACGCUUAUUAUAUACCAAACGUAGAAGUAACAGGCCACGUUUGUAAAACAAACCUCCCUUCAAACACAGCUUUUAGAGGUUUCGGCGGACCCCAAGGAAUGUUCGGUGCUGAAAAUAUGCUAAGAGAUGUCGCUCAAAAAUUAGGAAGAAACAUCGAAGAAGUCAUGAAAAUGAAUUUGUAUCGAGAGAACUUAAUAACUCAUUACAAUCAAGUUCUCACGCAUUGCACGUUACAAAGAUGUUGGGAUGAGUGUGUAGAAAAAAGUAACUUCACGGAAAGAAAGAAGGCAGUAGAAAACUUCAACAAGCAACAUCGAUGGAGGAAACGCGGUAUGUCUAUUAUACCAACAAAAUUCGGCAUCGCAUUCACAGAAAAACUCUUGAAUCAAGCCGGAGCCCUCCUCAUAGUUUACGUCGAUGGAUCAGUUUUACUGUCACAUGGUGGUACAGAAAUGGGCCAAGGUCUGCACACGAAAAUGAUACAAGUGGCAUCACGAGCCCUUGGUAUAGACGUCUCCAAAAUACACAUAACUGAGACUGCCACUGAUAAAGUACCGAAUACCUCCGCUACAGCAGCUAGCGCGGGAUCCGAUCUCAACGGUAUGGCCGUCCUAGAGGCUUGCGAGAAGCUUAUGAAACGACUCCAGCCGUACAAAGAGAAAAAUCCAAACGGAAAAUGGGAAGACUGGGUCUCGGCAGCUUACGUAGACCGAGUUAGUUUAUCGGCCACCGGGUUCCACGCAACACCGGACAUCGGUUUCGAUUUCAAAAAUAAUUCGGGGAAACCUUUCAAUUACUUCACUUAUGGCGUUGCCUGCACCGAGGUCGAAAUUGAUUGCCUAAGUGGCGACCAUCAAGUGAUCCGAACGGACAUCGUGAUGGACUUGGGUGAGAGUAUCAACCCGGCUAUAGAUAUCGGUCAGAUAGAAGGUGCGUUCAUACAAGGCUACGGUUUGUUCACUAUGGAGGAACUGAUCUACUCACCGACGGGCACGCUGUACUCGCGCGGGCCGGGCGCCUAUAAGAUCCCCGGCUUUGGCGACAUCCCGCAGGAAUUCAAUGUGUCGCUGCUCAAGGGCGCUCCCAACCCUCGGGCUGUGUACUCAUCUAAGGCUGUGGGCGAGCCGCCGCUUUUCCUGGCGUGUUCAGUUUUUUUCGCUAUCAAGGAGGCCAUAAAGGCGGCGCGUGUGGACGCCGGCGUCUGCCCAGACUUCAAGCUGGACGCGCCUGCCACAUCCGCCAGAAUACGAAUGGCCUGCGAAGAUCAUAUAACUAAGAAGAUACCAGUACCGGACCCAGAAAGUUUUGUGCCUUGGAAUGUUGUGCCAUAAAUUAUCAACUGUCACUUUAAUUUUAAGGUUAUUUUUUUAU